AUGGUCUUCGAUGCAAUUUUCUUGGCCGUUGCAGAAACAUCCACGAAUGGCGAAGCAAAGUUGCCAAUGGCAAUCUUUCCGAAGAUGCAGGCACCAACUCAGGACGGCGUUCUCAUCGAUAAUCUCGGUACAGGUUUUGAAGUCUGGCUCACUGGAAAUACUGAUUAUGGGGUCUGCACCUAUGAAAACGAAAGAAUGAGAAGUCGAAUCCUCAAGGUGGCCAUGUAUGAUAUCAUGAUAGCUGCAAGGAGCCGGAUUACCCUGGUGGAAGGAAAGCGUGAAGAUCAAGAGCUUUAUGACAGUAUGCCAGAGGCAACGACUCAGGCCGUUGCUUAG